AUGGACAGCGGAGACGAAGCGGCGAAUGCCGCUGUCUCUCCCCAGUCAGCGAGACACGGUUUCUGGCAGUCUCCACGCAGGAAAGGAAAAAUUUCUUUCGGCUGGAAGCCUGUGCUCCGCCUCGGGGGCAGGGAGUCUCUCGCGGCUCUCAGGUCGAAGUUGCUCUCUCGUCGAGACGAAGGAGGGCAAGCGUGCACGGCUACCGGAGACUCCUCAGAGGACGCAGAGAAAGAGGAGCUGCCAGUGGCCUCCGACACCAGCUCGCGUCUCUCGCGUCUGCCGUCUUCGAUCUCUCCUGGAACAGAUUAUGCAGUCCCCAGAUCGGCCAUUCCGGUUCUUCAUCGUCGCCGGCGAGGUGACGCAUCGUGCACCCCCUCUGCUGCGGCGUUGUGUCCAGGGAAGCCUGGGAGUCCUGCAUCCGAGGUCGUCGCUUCUCGCUUCUACACUCCACCGUGGUGGGCGAAGGCGCCGGACGCGGUACGCUGUCGUUUUUCGCCGAGUGGUACGUUGUUGGCUGCAUGCACAAGCGUCGGCGCUUUGCGUGUCUACGAAGUGGAGACAGGCGCGAUGCUUUGCGAGUACGCGAACGCGCAUGUGAAGGGCAUCAACGACAUCGCUUGGCAUCCGUCUUCGGCGUACAUCUACACUGCUGCCUCCGACGGCUCUGCGUCUCUCUUUCCACUGCACUUUCGUCUCCGACAGUCCUCGGUCGCCUCCUCCUUGCGCUCCUCGCCUGCGGCCAUCACCACCUUCCGCGUUCCUUUUUGCGAGGCGUCUGGACACCCGCGAUGCCUCGCGGGUCCGCCUGGAAAACCGGAGAAGAAGGCCGCUCUGCAGGCCUCGCCUUCCGCCGCAACUCCGCUGUCCGCCGCGCCCGUAACCUCCGUGGCGGUGCCGCAGGACGGCUCGUCCUCCGGCUGUCUGUACACCGGCGGAUACGACGAGAUGCUGCGGCUGUGGGACCUGCGUCUGCCCACGCAGCCGCUUCGCCAGGUGAAGGCGCAUGACUCGCCCGUCACUUCCCUCGACUUCGCGCCUGCCUCGCCUCUGCUCCUCCCGCCGUUUGUGUCUCCGCGCGACGCAGACUGCGCGGCGCUCGGCUCCGUCUCUGCUUGCCCAGGCGUCGUCGCGUCUGCAGGACUCGACGGCCUCGUACGGCUCUGGGAAGCGUCCUCGCUGCGGCUUCUCCGGACGCUCAAGGGAGGCAGCAGCGGCGCUCCCGGCGAGUCCCAGGGCCAGAAGGAGGGGGAGGGAGGCAGCAGCGGCACUCGCCGGGGGAUUGCAUGCACGCAUGCAGUGUGGAGUCGCUCCGGCAAGUUUCUUCUCUGCGCCUACGAAGGUGGCCAGGGCGGACGCAUCCUGCGCCUGAGUCGAGUCCUCAGUCGAACGGCAGAUCCGAGUUUCUCGCGGAGAGAAGGCAGGCGACGGUCGCGUCCAGAAACGGAGAAAGAGGAAGGAAAGGAGAGGAGGCAGGACGGGAACGGCCGGCCUUUCACGGAGACUGAAGACGGAGGAUGUCGAGACGAACUGUCAGGUUCCUCCGACGAAGAAGAAGACGCUUGGUGGGGCUCAGCUGUGACGAUGCCUCUGGACAUGCCUGUCGCGGGCACAGCGGCCUGGUCUCGCGAGCAGGACGAAGCUCAGCUGGCGACGGCUGAGGCGCUUCUCCGCUUUUCGCGUCCCCGAUCUGCAUGCGGUUUCUCCAACAACGAAGGUCGAAAACGUCCUCAGCAGCCAGUCGAGAACGGCGCUUCCUCACGCGGCGGGUGGCAGGGUCGACAAUCCGUUCGAAGGAACUCUUCGUGUCUCGUCCAGGAGACAGAGUCUCCGUCCGGACGGAAGGAUGAUGCCUUCGCGACUGCGGCCGUCGAUGCAUGCAGCGAGACAGAGGUCGACCGACUCGGCUUCUCACCCUUCUGCACCCCCCGGAGGUGGGUGUCUCCGUUCGGUGCGAUCUGGAGAGACAAGGCUCUGCUCCCGUGCGGCGACGGCCGCGUCUGGGUCUUCGAGGCCAUGAGCGGAAGAGUCGUCGAGAAGCUCGCGGCUCCCGUCGACUUCUCCUGCGCAUGCAGCGGCCGCGGCGGGCAGCUCUGCGCCGGAGGCAGCGUCUGCACGAGCGUCGACGCCCACCCGGACUGGUCGCUGGGAGUCCUCGCGACCAGCUGGAGCGCGCCGGACGGCGGCGUCGUCCUCUGGAUGUGGACCACAGAAGAAGACGCGCUUGGCGAGGACGAAGAACAGGCAGAAGCAGUCUGACGCGCGGAGAGAAAACAGAGAAGCGAGAGGGGAGGCGUAUGAAAGAGAGGCAGCCGCUCGAGAGGAAGAAGAACGAGCGACCAAGCGACCAAAAGGC